GAGCCGAGCGCCAGUCAGUCCAGCACCAGCCAGCCUGCCGCGCGAGUCAGUCCGCCGCGCUCCGGGCUCGAGCGCAGAGAGAGGCUCGCCGGGACGCUCUCGAGGGACUUCCACGCGCUCCCGACGCGCGCGUCCUCGUGGACAUGCGGACUGCCGCAGCUGAGUGACCGGUUCCCUCCCCGGUGCUCGUAUGAGAGUGGUCACAAGCAGCUCGAGAGGGCGUGGACUAAACGACCCCAUUGCCGGAUCCGACAGAGAGGAUUAACACUUCAACAACCUCUCGCGCGUGGUGGGCAUGUGGAAGCGCUACUGGUUCGUGCUGGAGGGGCGCCUGCUGCUCUACUACAAGUCCCAGCAGGAGUACGCCCGCCUGUCGCCGUGCCGCGGCUCGCUCAACAUGGGGCUGGCCUCGUGCGUGCGGCCCGGCGCCUACCAGCAGGACCAGCACGUCCUCGAGGUGCUGCUGCGCUCGCACGUCGUGUCCCUGCGCGCCAAGGACCGCGCUAGUCAGGAGCAGUGGCUCAAAGCCCUCCUGGACUCCAUGGCGUCGUCUACGGCCACGUCUCCGGGGAAGGACAGCGCCUCCCGCGCCAACGGCUCAGGGUCCAAGGCGCCGCUGCACUUCCGGUACCCUUCGGCGGACAACCUGAGCAAGGCGGAGAGUCCGCAGGAGCCGGAUGCCGGGAGCGCCGGUCGAAAGGAAAAGCACCGUACACUUCCCAACUGGGCGAGCAGCCGGACGCCCUCCACCGAGUCGCAGCUGGUGUCGGUCCCCGAGAAGGCGCCCGUCUGCAAGGAGACCCCCGAUGGGGUGCAAGAAGUGCCGGCCGGCGGGGUGCACGUGGCCCCGCGCAAGACGCUCGCCAGCAAGGUGGCCCACGGCCAGCUGGCGCGCCAGGGCUCCAUCCUCCCCAUCCUCGGCAGGAAGGACAAGGCGACGGCCCACAGCUCCCCGCAGGCGGUGCAUCCCAUGGGCGGAGGGGGGCAAAGCUCCACUCCGUUUGGGAAUCAGCGCUACUCCUUUCACGGCCUUCAGAAGACGGACGCUCUCUCCCCAACCGAGGCCGGGGCGCAACGCAUGUCCAGCGCCAAGAGUAAAGACGGGACAGACUCGGGCAAACACAAGGGCUACAAGAGCUUUGAGAAUGUACUGAAAAAACAGCUCAGCUUCUCUAGUCCGACCAGUCAUAAGGAUGUGAUACUUCAGAAGGAUGCAAAAAACACACAAGUCCUGGAAGAAGUUUCAAAAGCACCCAAUGGUAUAAAAAACAUUCAUCUGUGCAAAUUUUGCCAAGCGCCUAUGAACUCUAUAAAUACAAAUUGUAACUGUCAAAGCACCAGCACACCCAUUCUAGAAGAAGAGAAGGAAAAUAUGCUCAUGCAGAAUGGAAUAUCUCAGAAAUUUCAUCCAGAUGAAAAUCAAAACAAUCAGGUGUUGACAGGCUCAUUUGAAAGGAAGAAAGGCAAGACAAGUCUAGGAAGAAAGUGUUCAGCUUCUGAAAAAGAUCUUCUAAUUGCUGGUGGUGUUGACUUGAGUUUUGGGAGUCCAGAAGGAUUAGAAUUUCCAAAGCCAACAAGAUGCACUUCUGCAGAUGAGUUGUGGUCUCCUCCUCACCGGAAAAACUACCAAGAGCCAUGUAUGAAAUACAACAAUUUUGAACAUGUUGGUGCAGAGGGGCACUACUUUUCGGCCUCUGAUGUAAAUCAUCCAACACACCCAUUAGAUCCCAUUUUGUCUGAGCCAACUGGUUCUGACAAAAGUAGAUUGGUCAAAUUAUCCAUUCGUCAAAGACUUCUCCAUGGUAAUGGAGAGUAUAUUAAGUAUUCUGAGCCUGAAGAUUGUGAUAAACGGGAUUCUACAUUGAAUACUACAUCAGAUUCUCAGACAGCAGAUUUGAAAAUAAAACAGAAAAUACCUAAGUUAAGAAAACGGAAAGGUUCAACAAGCAAAGAUACUUACAAUCUGGUUGAAAAUGGUGAACACAAGAAGCGGGCAUCUGUUCGCAAUCGAUUGAGCUUUUUGACACGAGUUUUAUCACAUGUCAGGCGCACCAAAUCAGAGGACGUCAUGGACCAUCCAGAGACAGAAGGCUUCUUCACAGAUGAUGCUUUCCUCUCCCCACAUCCUGAUAUGCAUUCUAUAAAGUGUACAACACCUGUGUCUCGAGUACUGGAUGAUGUCAAGAAAAUGGAAACUGUUGCAAACCCUACUAGUGGAGCCAAGUUCCAGCUUGGUCCAACAUCCCCAGGUUUUGGUGAGGCCCCUGAAGAACCACCCCCUGACUAUGACUCUGUUGGCGUGGAGCCAAUAAUGGAAGUUGCUGGCUGCUCAACAACUGAUGAACCACCUCAACUUCCCCCCAGGAGAAUGAAAAGACCCCGUUCUCCAUGGCAUGAUGUACCUACAAAUAAUUCUCCAGUUAUAGAUAUGGAUUCUGAAACCAGGCAAAGACUUUUAUCAGCUGCGAAAUAUGGACGUGUUAUUGGUACUCGAACAACUCACAGCAUGGAUUUUUAUGAGUGGAGUGAUUCACACCCAAGUGAUCACUCACAGCAUCAUGCAUAUGAAGUAGUAUCAGGUGAUACAUCACCAGCUGGUUCAAAUGAACAUUUAGCAAUAUAUUUAAGCUCAGAAUCAAGUGAUGAAGAAUUUCAUGAGGAGGUUGUGCUUCGUAGAAAUUUACAAGAUAGAGAGUUUCUGUUUGGCACCAACAACCACCAACCGAAUCCAUUUGGAAAUAUUUCUAGCUCAACAGCAAUGGAACCACUAACAAUAAGCACUGAUACCUUGCCUACUUUAGAUAGUUCUGGCAGAGUUGGUCUUUCCCAUGUAGAGGCAAUGAAGCUCAAUUUGUUAAUGGAAGCCCAGAGAACAUCCACGGCAUCAGUAAAAAGACAAAGGGAGGAGCGUGAAAGGCAGGAGUGCAUGAAAACAUUUUUCACAGCAGAUAAUGUGCAUCAUGAUGUUUCUCUCUACCAAGUCUCAAAUGAUUGCCUGCAGCUGCCUCCAGAAGAAUUUGCAGAUAAAGUGGAAAGUAAAUUCAAUGUGGUGAAUGAAAAGACUGAGGAAGUAAUGGCAGAAGUACAAGGACUACUUUUGCCAAUAGAAAACCUAAUCCAUAGUUGCACCAACAUUCCAGUUAAUAGUACUUUUAGUGAAAUAAAUAAAGAUGAGGACUUCAAAGAAAUAAAAUCUAAUUUAUCAACAAACAAAAUUUUAGAUGAACCUCCAAAAUUACCAAUUAAGAAAUUAAACAGUGUUUUGAAAUCUCACAUCACUGAGUCAAAACCCAAUGAUGAGCUGAAUGACUUACUUGCUCAACUGGCAGGUAUGACAACUGCACCACUGCUUCCAGUUGGGACUACAUGCAGUUUGCAGAUAACAGCCCAUGAUUCAGACACUGAAGUAGUUGGUGAUGUUUCUGUCCGAAAACAGAGUCUUUCAUUGGAAGCUGUUACUACUGUAUGUGAUUCAGACCCUGACUAUGAUGUUCCACGACCUCAUGCUUCUUUGCUCCACAUUCUUCCACAAAAUGGUAGAUCUUUAUCUCGAGCCGAUGAUGAUGGUAUUGUUGUUGAAGCUACUCAUUUCUUCUCAAGACCAGAAACCCCAAGGCAUGGAACAGCUGAAGACCAAAGUUGGAAUGGACACAUGUCACCUGAUUCCCUCGAUUUCCCUUUCUCAUCAAGGAGGUCUAUGAAUUGGGAUUCUUCUUCCUCUAGUACCAGUAAAAUUCAGAACAAGCAGGACUCUCAAAAACAACGUUCAAAGAAAGAUAGGAGUAGACGGGCAACAUUAAAUGGACCCAUUACACAGAAACCAUUAGAAUCUACUCCACAAUUUGAUGAACCUCUAGUGAGACGAAAUUCAAUGGAGCUUCCUACAAUGGGCUCGGAAACAAUUGUACAUAGGGCGAUUCUAAACCAAAAAGAAAGAGGGAUGAACGAGCCAAAGUCGAUAAAGAAACUAUCUGCAUAUGAAGGUACCAUUUGUGAACACAGCUCCUCUCCCUAUCAAUCAUUAAAUUUAAAUACUUCUGUAAGUGUAGGAAACCUAAGUAAAGCACUUGAAGCUUCGACCUCUUUGGAAGAUAUAAGUGAAAGAUCAGAGUUGAACUCUGAUUCAACCCCUUCACAGCCUCAAGAUAUCUUGACCCACAAUUCCAGGUUGCUAACAAGACAUGAGGAUUUAGAUAUGGACUCAUUAGAGGCAUCAGAGCUUAGAAAACUAGAAGUUCCUGAGAUGGGUCUUCCAGCAUUGGUAUCAAUUGUGGAAGAACCAGAUAUUCUUUCUGAUAAAAGUGAUGGGCCUAUGGGAGUAGAAUAUCAGUCUAGUGGCUCUGCAUCCGAAGGAGCAAUGAUGGUAGGCAAUUCUGACAGUUCAGCAGGUCAGUUAACCACUUACAAUACAGACACUGAUAUGGAGAUACCAUCAGAUGAUGAAGUUUGUCAAAAAGAACAGAUUUCUACUGAGAUCCAAAGUAUAGGAAAGAUAAUUGAACCUGACAGUCUUUUAGAACCAUUUCCAUCUGGAAAAUUACUUGUUUGUGAAAAUGUUACUGUUGAAAUUGAUACUACAAAAGAUGAAUCUUUAGAAACUGAUUCCUUGGAAAAAAAUACAUAACUGUUUCCAUUUAUUUAUUUCUCCCUUUU